AUGGCUAAGGAACCACACUCUCUCCACAACAAACACCACCAUGCAAACAUGUUCAUGAAGAAAAAAACCACCACCUCAUUCCUACUAUGGCUACUCAUAGUGAUCUCCUUCAUCUGGCUCCUCUCUCUCAUCACCACCACCCCUCUAAAACCCCAAAAAGAUGAUCACCACAACAGCACUGAGCCAGUAAUGGAUACUUGUGAUGCAUAUAAUGGUACAUGGGUGAGGGAAUUAUAUAACAAGGUGGUCUACACGAAUGCGACGUGCCCGAGUUUACCGGAGUCGAAGAACUGCGCGAAAUACGGGAAGGAGAGCGAGUUCCUGAGGUGGAGGUGGAAGCCGCACGGGUGCGACGACGUGCCGCGGUUCGACCCGACGACGUUCCUAGAUGUGGUUAGAGGGAGGAGGAUGGCGUUCGUCGGGGACUCGGUCGCGAGGAAUCAGAUGGACUCGCUUCUUUGCCUCUUAUCUCAGGUAGAGAUCCCAAUUGAUGUGUACAAAGAUGCAGAAGAUAGAUUCAGGACAUGGCAUUUCCAAUCACACAAUUUCACACUGACAAUGCUAUGGACCCAGUUCUUAGUCGAAGCUACCGAGCGCGACAUCAACGGCUCGUCCUCGGGGGGUUUCGACCUACGCUUGGACCGAAUCGACGCGAAUUGGUCCAGCAAACUUCGUCGAAUCGACUCCAUAAUCAUCUCCAGUGGCCACUGGUUCUUCAGAGAAAACUACCUCUACAAAGGUGACAAACUAGUAGGGUGCACAUUUUGCUCCGCGCCGAAUGUUGAAGGCCUCGGCGUGACUUUCGCGGUGAGGAGCGCUUUUCGAACGGCGUUUAAGUUCCUGAGAAGCUGCGACCGCCGCGAGAAGAAGCUGCUCAUUGUGCUGAGGACAUUUUCACCUGCACAUUUUGAGAAUGGGGCUUGGAAUGGUGGGGGUCACUGCAACAGGACCAGGCCAUUUAGUGAGGAGGAGAUGAUGAGCCUGAGUGGGAUUAACUGGGAAAUAAGGAAUGCUCAGGUUGGAGAAGUUGAGAGGUUAAAGGGAUCAGGUGAAAAGUUUGAGGUGUUGGAUGUGACUAAGGCUAUGCUUAUGAGACCUGAUGGGCACCCUGGGACUCACUGGAACAAUGAGUGGAUGAGGGGGUAUAGUGAUUGUGUGCACUGGUGCAUACCUGGUCCAGUUGAUUUGUGGAAUGAGCUUUUGCUAAAAGUGCUCAUCCAAAACAAAACAAAAAGAGUGGUUAGUGUGAGUGAAUAA